AGCGGAAUGCUGUUAAAUAUCUUAAUCCGGUUUGAAUUCUCGAACGGACCAGACGUGGUUUGAUUGGAAUUAGAAAAUGAGAAGAUUUGCAGUGAUUGUUCUGAUUUCGGCUUGGGUCCAGCUCGGGUUGGCUCAAAAUGGUGUUAAGGGAAGCUGGCGAAAGGGAGCACCCAUGGUGAUGGUGAAUCAAACGACCCUGGUCGAGGAUCAACCCGUUGGAACGGGACCGCACAUGAUGGAUUUGCAACGCGGAAAUGAGUCCCACAGUGCCUUCGAUAAGUUCAUGAACAGAACUAAAACCGAUAUGCCGACUGGCGUUUGCUUCGAGGAAGUUCCCACUAUCAGUCUGAUCAAACCGAUCGGUGGCGUCAUUCCGGCAGGAAAUGGUUCGGAUCUAUCUCUGAGUCGGGUUCAGGUUUGCUGCAAAGGCUACGAACGCAACGUUCACAACUUCCGGAAGUGCGAUCCCGUUUGCGAGCGACCUUGCGUGAAUAGCCUAUGCGUGGGCCCUAACAGCUGUCAGUGUUAUCCGGACUUCGUUAAGAAUCAGCAGGACCAAUGUGUUCCAACGUGUCCGAUCGGAUGUGACAACGGGGAGUGCAGUCUAGAAAUGGGAAUGUGUAUCUGCAAGGAUGGCUUCGAGCUGGAUCAUAGCCACAAGUUUUGCAUUCCCAGAUGCACCGGAGGAUGUGGGGAUGGUCGUUGCGUGGCGAUAGAAAAAUGUGAAUGUAACGCAGGACAUGUGCCAGAUGAACAGGGAAAAUGUGUGCCUUACUGUGAGGGAGGAUGUGGGAAUGGGGAAUGUAUCGCUCCCAGUGUUUGUCAGUGCCGGCCAGGUUACGAGCUUGGCGAUGAGGAUUGUGAACCUAUCUGUUCCAACGGAUGUUUCAAUGGAGUUUGCACUGCACCGGAAACGUGCUCCUGCAAACCGGGCUACAAGAUGGGACCUUCGGAGAACAAAUGCGAACCGACCUGCGAUCGCCCCUGCCUGAACGGAGUUUGUUCCGGUCCAAAUACUUGCAACUGCCAUCGUGGAUACGUGCUUGAUGAGGUGGACCCCCUGAAGUGUCUUCCCCACUGCCCCAACGGAUGCCCGAAUGGUGUUUGCUCCGGUCCCAAUAUGUGUCUCUGCAAUGCUGGCUACAUUAAAGAUCGUAGCUUGAAGGGAAGUCAGACGUGUGUCAAGAGAGUUUAGGAUGGUUCCCCGGAUGUCCGAAAUGUUUUUCGUGGAAUUUUGGCACGAUUUUUUUUCGUCUUCAGUAAAUGCGAUAAGAAAUAAAGACAACUGUG